CAGCCGACAUUGAUGAAGAAACUCUGAUAAAACUGAUGAUCUGGAUAAAAACAAGAAGGUGUCAUUGUGCCCCAUUUUCCAUGUAAGUGCAUUAGUUACCAAAAAUCUCAGCUGUUUAUUUAUUAGGACUUAAAAUUGUUCAUUUCCUCACGUUGUGUGGUGUAAAGGGAAAAAAAGGUCUAGCUUGUGCUGUGGUUAAUUGUGAAGUGUUGUGUCUUUGUAUUGAUAUGGCUCUUCAGGGCCACCAUACAUGUGGUUUCAAGAAAAAGUAAAAAAAAAGAAAAAGAAAAAAGAUCCAUCGGAGUGACACAUCCUAUUGAUGGUCGCUUGUCUGUGGAACCGGAGUUGCGCAUGUGCACGAAGGUCCGGCCCGCUGCUGGGGACCGGGAGAUGUGGGUGAGCCGUCCUCAUGUAGAGACGAUCUUCGCGGCCACCAUCAGCCGUCAGUCGCCGUUUUGAGCCUCCGGACUUUUCAGCCAUUUUACACCCGGUUCCGUCUCGGCUGAGGACGUAAGUCACGGUGGACCGGCUCCACGUGCUCUCCCGGACCCGGUCUGGACUCACACCUCGCCUCUAGGUUCCACCUGUGGCCGCUGGAUGCCAACAGUCCGCGGACAGAACAGCGACGACAAGCCGUGAAGCAUCAUGGGAGGCGGCAGAUGGACGAGGCGGCUGCGGGACGAGCAGUGACACACACACGCACGUGCACAACAUGGAGCAAGGCUUCAGCUUAAAUACGCUGAAGAAGCUGGCAGCAGAGCCGGAUUACACCGAUGUGUCUCUGACGGCGGCGGAGCGGAUCCGGGCGCUGGCGAAGAUGGGAUGCAGUGUGGAGAUCAACGAGGACAUCACGCCUCGACGGUACUUCCGGUCCGGAGUGGAAAUGGAGCGCAUGGCGGCGGUCUACCUGGAGGAGGGCAGCCUAGAGAAUGCCUACGUCCUCUACACCAAGUUCAUCACUCUGUUUGUAGAGAAGCUGCCGAGUCACAGAGACUACCAGCAGUGUUCAUCUAUCCCAGAGAAGCAGCUCAUCAUGAAGGUAACCCUCCCCAGACCUCCCCAGUCCUCUUUAGACCUCCUCAGUCCUCCCCAGUCCUCUUUAGACUUCCUCAGUCCUCCCCAGACCUCCCCAGUCCUCUUUAGACCUCCCCAGUCCUCCUCAGUCCACCUCAGACCUCUGAGUCCAGGUCCUGUCCCCCCCAUGUCCCCGUCUCUGCAGAAGCUUCAGGAUGUGGCGUUUCCUCAGAAGGACGAGCUGAAGAGACGUCUCCAGGAGAAGUACGGCAGAGAACACAGCGAGUUCCUCAGAGUCCAGAACCAGGCAGUGGUGGUGGAGGGGUGUGGCCAGCAGCUGCAGCGCCUCUCCUUAUUGGAUGAGGACAGGAGGCGUGUCUUGCUGCUGGAGGAGGAGAAGCAACGAGUGGCCGCCCUGCGCCGCAUGCAGAUCGAGUCAGAACAGUUUCGAUACUUUGAAGACCAGUUGAGGCGCCAGGAACAGGCCAAUAAGAGAGGAGGGGAGGUGGAGCUAAAGGUGGAAACCAAAGUUCCUGAGGUCACAGAUGGCUCCUGUUUGUCCCAGCAGUCAAUCAGAAACAGUGUACGACCCCAGGGGGCGGAGCCAAACAGAAGCAGACCUCCUACUUCCAUUAGCCAAGCAGCCGCCACCCUGGCAGGAGUACACAGUCAGCGGGUGGAGGGUCUGAGGCGGGUGGUGAUUCCCAGAGAUCUGACCCAUCGCUUUCUCCUGCUGGCCGACUCCAACACGGUCAGAGGGAUCGAAACCUGCGGAGUUCUCUGUGGACGGCUGACACACAACGAGUUCGUUCUGACUCACGUCGUGAUCCCGAAGCAGUCGGCUGGUCCAGAUUUCUGCGACAUGGAGAACGUAGAGGAGCUGUUCGGUUUCCAGGACCAACAGAACCUGUUGACUCUGGGUUGGAUCCAUACUCAUCCCACGCAGACGGCCUUCCUCUCCAGCGUGGACCUCCACACUCACUGCUCGUAUCAGCUGAUGCUUCCGGAGGCCGUGGCCAUCGUCUGCGCUCCUAAACACAACGAUACUGGUGUGUUCAGGCUGACCGGUCCGGGGAUGUCUGAGGUUUCUGGCUGCAGACUCAAAGGUUUCCAUCCUCACUCCAAGGAGCCCCCCUUGUUUACGGUGUGUAAACAUGUGGUGGUCAGAGACUCAAAGCUGAACCUGCUGGACCUCAGGUGACCGACAGGAGGCGCUGUGAAGAGGAAGCUGACCAGUGUGUGUGUUGAUGUUGAGUUUACUUGAAGUUUUCUGGGUUUUUGUGGAGUUUGUUUCUUUUGUUGUUGCUGCACAAAGACACAGAUUCUAUUUUUCUGCUUCGUGGAUCAUUACGUCCUGCAGCGUGAUGCGUUUACAGGACACGAACAAAAAUACGACGCUAGAGUGACCAAGUGCCUUCUCAUCAUCGUCUGACGGCUCAGCGAAGGUGAAGAUGAGUUCAGGGAACCAGAUUUAAAAGGAAACUUGAAGACAAACAUGAAACAGCUGUUUACUCUCAUUGAGCUCCCACAUCACAGCUUCCUGUUUAUUUGCAGUGAGUAAAGUUUCAAGUCUAAUUCUGCUCCCAUGAAGUCUGUCAGUUCCUGAACGCCUCGUACGUGAACAACCAAUCAGACUGUAAACGCCCCGAAGCGUUCUCAGAAUAUUCCAGAUUAGGAUGAUUAGAGGACUCGUAUUCCUCUGACAGGUGGAGGAAACACCUGCAGACUGGCUCAGCAGUAACAAACUGAGUCUGUAACCAUGACGACGUUUAGAUCCUGGUAGCGACGUGUUCAGGUGCUGCCAGGAGAGCAGAGCGUCGUGACGCUGUAACUUCUCCCGGGAUGUUGGAACCUUUGCUGUGAAUCCGACCGUUUUACCUCCAGCUGGAAUAAUCCGAUGAUUCUGUCACCUGUAAAACGUUUACUUUAAAGUUUUUACAUAUUUGUUGACGUGGUGAAAAACCUGAAAGCUGGUUGUUUAUUCCAGAAUGAAAAUGUUUGAUGUUUACAUGUAAAUAAGCUGCGGGUGUCGGUUGAGGCAGCAGGGGGC